CGUGCCUUGGGGCGAGCGAGCGUCAGGGAAGGCGCUCUGGCUCCUCCUCCUCUUGCCUCCUGGGUGAGCUCACAACCCAGCCUGGGCGGCCCCUUCGACGGACCGGCGCGCAGUUGCCAAAGAGCGCUUUGGAGAGAGAAGUGCGAGCGCGGCGGAUAAGAGAGAAGCCUGCGUGGCUGGGUCAGGCAAGCGAGAGAGCAAGAGGCAGGAGGAGGACGGAGAGAGUCCCCAGCACCAGGGCGAGGCGCGUGUGAUCCCGUCGAGGCGGCGCCUGCGGCUCCCUCCCCGGACCCCCUGCUCCUUCGCCCGGAUCAUGGGAGUCUAAGCGCGGCGCAGCCAUGGCCAUCAACACGGAGGCGCCGCUGGCGAAGGCGCUGGAGAACUCUCCUCCGCCCGUGGACUCGCACGAGACAGAGAAGCUGCUGACCGCCGUCGGGGUAGCCCCGAAGUCCUUCUCAGCCGGUGGAGAAGGCGGCGAUGAAGCGCCCGCCGGGGGCGAGGCCGAGCGCAACGGCCACCACAGCCUGCCUUACCAGUCCGGCUCGGAGGGGAAGCUGGAGGCCACGUCGCUCUCGCCGUCGCGGCUCAGCCUGGGGCGCGCCUCGUCCACGGCCACCACCUCCAACCUGCACGAGCCGGGCCGCUCGCGGGACUACCUCCCGCUGGCCAUCUUCUCCUGCUUCUGCCCCAUCUGGCCCCUCAACAUCCUGGCCUUAGUCUUCUCCAUCAUGUCUAGGAACAGCUGCCAACAGGGAGAUGUGGAUGGAGCGCGGCGGUUGGGGCGGGUUGCCAGAUUCCUCAGCAUCAUCUCCAUCAUCCUGGGGACCCUCAUCAUCGUGGUUUGCACACUGAAGUUCACAGGUUACCUGCAAUCAAAUUAGCAUGAGCAAAGGAGGGUGGUCCUUCGACCUGCAUAUUUAUUUGUGUUUUUGAGUGGCCGUAGGAUGCCUCCCAUUCCUGCGCGGUUGCAAAAGGACGGACUUUUUCAGCAGGAGAAAAACGUGGGCAUCCUCCACAGCCCAGCCCUAUUCUGCUCCCAUCCUUGGACAGAAUUUCAGCAUGCCCAUCUUCACCAUUAGCCUUUCGGAUCACAAAAAAAGUUUAUUUCUGGGGGACGAACAAAACGUACAACCCGAUGAACAGGACUAGGCAGGAGGGGAAGAAUGAAGAUCCCUUCUUGCCUGGCACAGGAUCUCUCUACCUCGUCAUCUGCCACACAGAGAGAAAGACACGGGUGGGCACGGAGAACCAUCAAGAGGAGGCGCAUUUCUCCCAAAGCAAAACUCUCCUUGAUCUCCCGCUUCCCCUCACGCCAGCGGCAGUGAACUGGGUUUUGUACAGCUGGAUGCUUUGCCUCCCUGCGGGCGUUGGGCAGAAAUCACUCCUAUUGCCGUGCAGAAAAGAUUGAGAAGGAAAAUCCACUGAGCCACCCAGCCCAUUCCAAAUACUGCUUCUCCCCUGCAGGGAUGGUUCUGGAGCAGGGAUCAAGGGAAGGUGUGGGCUUCGAGAGGGAAUUCUGUUUUGCAUAUUUUUGAUGACCAUUUGCAUGCCUGUACGUAGGAAUAGGAGAAACUCAUAGCUGAGCCUUGUCUCACUGCCCAGGUGCCAUCCUUGUGCUUGCUUGGUCCUGCGCGACGCAUGAUGGGUUGUUUUGUGGGGUGUUUUUUUCCUUUUUGCAAGAGAGGCCCACGCUGGAGAAUUAGUGGCGGUCCACUGCCUCUCUCCGCGACCCAAGGACGUUUCAUCCCUGGGGCGGCUGAGGGGAAAGGGCCCCGCUUCUGCGUCUCCCAACAGCUCGAUCCGGCACCCGUCAGGGCUGGGAUGUGAAAAGGGAUUGUUCCGCAUCCCUUCGUUAAAAUAAAUUAUAAACCUGUUUAAAAAUAAUAUGCAGGAGAAGCAGAUGCAACGGAGGGAGGCAGUUCCAGCCUCUGAAGGCAGCACCAGUUCUCCCAACGGGAAAGUGGGUGUAGAAAACCUUUUUCUCCCUCUCUCAUGACACUAGAAUACAGGGACACCCAGCGAAGCUGAACAAUGGACGUUUCAGGGCACAUAAAAGGAAGGACCGGUGACUCUCAAGUAACGCCGGGGUUACGUUUUGGGGGUCGCACGUAAAGCCAAAAUCGUUUAUAGUCAAAACACAUUGGGGUCAAUGGCGGGCGGGAUUGCCAAAGUCCUUUUUCACGCAACUCUGCCACCUUUUUAAUUACCAUAUUUUUUGCUCUAUAAGACUCACUUUUUCCCUCCUAAAAAGUAAGGGGAAAUGUGUGUGCGUCUUAUGGAGCGAAUGCAGGCUGC